GAAUAUUAUAAAAAUGUGUAGAACAAUCGUGGCAACUUCAAUAGAGUAUAAAUUUCAAAUCCUGUUAUGCUUGAAUCAGUUAGAGAAUUCAAGAAGUUCUUUUCUUAGCGUACUAAAAGUGUGUAAAAGCUUCCAUCUUAUUUUGAAAUAAGAAAUUAUAUCGAAAAAAAUGUCUUUAUGGCAUAUACCUGUUCAUGAAUAUAUUCCAAGUGAUCCAUUUUUGGAUGAUAUACUAGAGAUAACUUUUCCUCCCCUCAGAUAUUUUCCUCUGUUUGAUGAAAAAGCAAGUGCUCGAAAAUCAAUUAGAGAACGCAAUCGGUUGUACAGGGAUCUAAUUGGUUACUCGCCAUAUCCAUCUCGUUCAAAAAGGAAAACCUCUAAAAAACAUGGUUUUGAAGUGAAUCUUGAUGUUAAACAUUACAAGCCUGAAGAAAUUGCUCUAAAAGUUGAAGGGCAAGUUCUUCAAGUGAGCGGCAAGCACCAUAAUGAAAAUGAAACUGGAUUUGAGUCUAGUGAGUUCCACAGAAAAUACACUAUUCCAGAUGAUGUAGAUCCGUCAGCUAUUACUUCAAACAUCAGUCAAGAUGGUGUUUUGCACAUAGAAGCUCCUAAAAAGUCUCAUGUAAAUUCUGAUUCUGUAGAAUCAACAAAAGAGGUUUUUAAGUGCAGCUUAGAUGUACAAGGUUUUAAACCAGAGGAAAUCUCAAUUCAAGUUAAAGGUAGAGAUUUAGUUGUUCAUGGUGAAACAAAGUCUGAAAUCAGCAGUGAUCAUGGAGCAAGUUUCCACCACAAGCAGUUUACCAGAAAUAUAUCUUUACCAGAUGAUGUUGAUCCUUCUCACUUAAGUUCUCGUUAUACUAAAGACUCGAAGUUAACUAUUGAAGCUCAGCGAAGUUUGCCUCAGGCUCCACUUAAACUCCAAAUCGAAAAGGAAGAAUAAAAAGCCAUACGAAUCAUUUUCUACUUAUACUUAUGUGAACUUUUUUAACAUAGAAAUGUUUUUUUAAUUAUUCUUGUAUAGAUAGACCUUUUUGUAAUUAUGUUUCGUUUAAAUAUUUAUUGAAUAUAUUAAUUUGAAUA